AUGGCAGUGCAACAUCAUCCGCAACAAAAACACCAUCCGCGACAGCAAUACUAUUUCCAUCAUCAAUCCAUUUCUAUUUACUAUCAUCCCCAAUACCAACAACAACAUCAUCAUCCACAACAAAAUCAGCAAUCAAACCAAUCGCAAAUGCAUCAGCAACAACAAAACGAUAUCCCCCAACAACAGCAGUGCCAACAUCAUCCGCAACAAAAACACCAUCCGCGACAGCAAUACUAUUUCCAUCAUCAAUCCAUUUCUAUUUACUAUCAUCCCCAAUACCAACAACAACAUCAUCAUCCACAACAAAAUCAGCAAUCAAACCAAUCGCAAAUGCAUCAGCAACAACAAAACGAUAUCCCCCAACAACAGCACCGCCAGCACCAAAGAUAUUAUUCACAUGAACGGUUUUACCAUCAAAACUAUCUCUCUCCAUAUCAACAACAACAAUAUAACCAUCCACAACAACACUACCAUCAACACCAUCCGCAACAACAACAUCAGCAACACCAUCCGCACCAGCAAUACUAUUUCCAUCAUCAAUCUAUUCCUAUUUACUACCAUCCCCAAUACCAACAACAACAUCAUCAUCCACAACAAAAUCAGCAAUCAAACCAAUCGCAAAUGCAUCAGCAACAACAAAACGAUAUCCCCCAACAACAGCAGUGCCAACAUCAUCCGCAACAAAAACACCAUCCGCGACAGCAAUACUAUUUCCAUCAUCAAUCUAUUUCUAUUUAUUAUCAUCCCCAAUACCAACAACAACAUCAUCAUCCACAACAAAAUCAGCAAUCAAACCAAUCGCAAAUGCAUCAGCAACAACAAAACGAUAUCCCCCAACAACAGCA